UCAAACGAAAAAGGGCUUACGGUGGAUACCUAGGCACCCAGAGACGAGGAAGGGCGUAGCAAGCGACGAAAUGCUUCGGGGAGCUGAAAAUAAGUAUAGAUCCGGAGAUUCCCGAAUAGGUUAACCUUUGAAACUGCUGCUGAAUUCAUAGGCAGACAAGAGACAACCUGGCGAACUGAAACAUCUUAGUAGCCAGAGG